GUUUCAGACUUUCAAGUCCCCAUGUAGUUGCACUUGUACCCAGACAAGUUCUCUUUCGCUCUCUCUUUCACCGGAAUCGGAUCAUGUCUGGAACUUACGAUCAAGACGGCGGCUACGGAGGCGCAGCUAGUGCUGGAUAUGGUCAUGGUGGUCGAGGAGGCGGAGGAUUCGGUGGUCGAGGCGGAGAUCGUGGCGGACGAAGUGGCGGCCGCGGUGGCGGCAGUGGUAGAGACGGAGACUGGCGUUGCCCUAACCCAAGUUGUGGGAAUUUGAACUUUGCGAGAAGGGCUGAAUGUAACAAAUGUGGUGCUCCAUCUCCUUCUGGUUCUAAUGACCGUGGUGGUGGCGGUGGUUAUAAUAGAGGGGGGCAUGGUAACAGUCGUGGGGGUAGAUCUGGUAAUUUUGAUGGUGGAAGAGGUAAUGGCUAUAACGGUGGUAGUAGGGGUAAUAACAAUAGUAGUAGAAGUGGGGGAGGCAAUAGAGGUGGUUCAUUCAGUGGUAGUCAAGGUUUUGAUGAUGGUGGGUAUGGCCAAGUUCCUCCGCCUGCAGCCCAAUCUUAUGGCGGUGCUGGUGGAAACUACCCACCUGCGUACGGUUCUUAUGGUGGAAAUUCAAAUUAUGAAACGGAUGUGGUUCCUCCGCCUGCAAGCUAUACAGGUGGACCUGCAUCUGGUCCUCCAUCAUAUGGGAGUAAUGCCGUAACCAGCGGCAACAAUGUAGCUGAUGCACGAUAUGGUGGUAGGUCCGGGCCACCAGUUGGAAAUGACAGUGGUUAUGGUGCUGGUAGUCAAGGUGGAUUUGGUGGAGCUCCCGCUGAGCCCCCUGCUAAGGUGAAGCAAUGUGAUGAGAAUUGUGGGGAUUCCUGUGACAACUCUAGAAUCUACAUAUCAAACUUACCACCGGAUGUGACUAUUGAAGAAUUGAGAGAACUUUUUGGAGGCAUUGGACAAGUUGGAAGAAUAAAACAGAAGAGGGGGUAUAAAGACCAGUGGCCUUGGAACAUAAAGCUAUACACUGAUGAGAAAGGAAACAACAAGGGUGAUGGUUGUCUUGUCUACGAAGACCCUUCUGCAGCUCAUUCUGCCGGCAGUUUUUACAAUAAUUAUGAUUUGAGGGGUUACAAAAUAGGUGUUGCAAUGGCAGAAAAAUCUGCUCCAAAAGCUCCACCUGCAUAUAACCAUGGGGGAAAUAGGAGUGGCUACGGUGGAGAUAGACGCAGAGACAAUUAUAGAGAUGGAGGCAGUUCUGGACCUGAUAGGCGUGAUAAUUAUGGUGGGAAUCGAUCACGCCCAUACUGAGGGCUUCGAUAGUAAACAUUUUCUGUACUAUGGUUUAUGGUCUGAGGGAUUUGUUGUAUUCAGUUGGCUGGUAACUUGAAAUGGAAGCAAAGAGGUAGGUUGUUCACUUACUUUUAGCAAGACCUCUUUGCUCCUUUUGGUUUUGUUGUCACUCGCCGGGGGAUUUUUACUUUUAGGCAGGGAUUAAUUUGAGCAUGUGAAUGUUUUUAGAGAGGGAAGUGGAUAGAUAGUCUCCAAGCUGCCGAGGUAGUUUGAUUGUUUCUGGUGUGUGCUACUUUCAUGAAAACAUGCUUUAUGCUUGCUUGGAAUUUGAAAAUCGUGUCAUUUUGUGGAUAAAUGCUUGAAUCUCUAUUCCCUAGCUUGUCCCAUGUGGCAUCUGGUUCAAACAGGUGGUGGCAUUAAUGAGAUGUUUUAUGUUAAGUCAGAGCUUCAUGGAUCAAUAAGUCCUAAGUCGAGAAAAUUUGAGCUGUAAUUUGUUUGCUUCUUUUCUAGAAAAAAUUGUUCCUGGCUACAUGUUGGCAGUGUUGUAUUUAACCUUAACACCUAUAUAGUACAAGCUGUACAAUUAUGUA